AUGGCUGACUCAAUGCCUCGCUUGCUACCCGGCAUAGGGUUCGUGAUCGGAUCUGCAUCCGGGAUUGGACGCAGCGCUUCAUUCGCAUUUGCCCGCGCUGGCGUUGCAGGCCUUUUCCUGGCAGAUAUCAAUGCAGAGGCCUUGGAAGCAACUGCCAAUGAUAUCCGUCGUGAACUACCCGAUUUGAAAGUCGUAAUCCACCAAGUUGAUGUCGGUAAUGAACAAUCCUGCAUAGAUUGUGUGCGUACCGCAGCGAAAACCUUUGGAAGAAUCGACUACGUGCUGAACAAUGUUGGAAUUGGCGGAAAUCAUAUUCCAACUGUUGAGCAAGAUAGUGCUGAGCUGCACAAGGUUCUCAACCUUAACUUUGUCGGGCUUUGGAUUUGUCAGAGAGAGCAAGUUCGGCAAAUGUUGACGCAGGAGAAACUGCAAAUCCCAAGUGGACGCGGAAAUCGUGGAGUCAUCACUAAUACAGCCUCUGUUUUGGGAUUGGUCGGUGGCCCUCCUGGUGCUAGCCCAUAUGCUGCGAGCAAGCAUGCGAUCGUUGGGAUGACCAAGACGGAGGCUGCCACUUACAGCAAAGACAGUAUUCGGAUCAACAGUAUUUGUCCAGGUUAUGUAUCGACCGCAAUCCUUGGAAACAAUGACCCCAAGUUACGAGCGGAGAUUGAAUCGAAAGUGGUACCUCUGAUUCCUAUGGGAAGACUUGGAGAGACUGACGAGAUUGCCGACUCGGUCGUUUUUCUCUCGUCACACAUGGCAAGUUACAUUACCGGGACUACAUUGGCAGUCGAUGGGGGUUAUACAUCUGUUUAA